UGAAGAAUCGUGGACAUCUAGGAGGGAACGCCAUAGCUCUAUAGCAGCAUAGCGCGAGCCAUGGGAGGAGGUCACGCGGCUCUGAUCGCCGCCGCGAUCCUUCUCUUCUCGUGCUCUGUCCGGGUCAUCCAAUGCGACCCGGUCUCGGCUGUCUCGCAGCAGCAUGAGAUCCAGAGGCUCAGGUCCAAGGUCGCGGCGCUAGAGGACGAGGUCAGCUGGACCAAGGACGAGACCUCGCAGCUGGAGGACGUCGUCAGGGAGAAGACGGCGCAGAUCGCGGCGCUGGUCAGUGGGCUAGAGGCUCUGCAGGUGAGGAAUGUGGCUGAUGAUGAACCCGUGGUGCAGGCGAGCACGAACAGUGCGCUGCUCGAGAAACAGAUUGAGAGGCUGGGGAAUGAUUUGGAAGACCAGGUCAGGAAAGGGGAAUUAUUGGAAGCCCGGGCUAGGGAAGCGGAGAGACGCCUGCUUGAACUUGGUCACAAGUUGGAGCGUGUUGAGAAGAUCAAUAUCGAGCAGAGGAAGAGAAUUGAGGAGCUCGAGCGUGAUCUUCAGCAGCACUCAGAGGAAAAACUCCCUGAACUGGAAACAAAAGCAAAACUAACGGCUGAAGAGUUGGCAAUGGUCCGUGGCAUGUGGCUACCGUAUUGGUUCGCAUCCCGCUCUGUACAUUGUCAGGUAUGUGUGGGAGUGUUCAGGGAAUUGAUGUAG